AUGACUGGAUUUAUAAAAAUUUCCAGGAGGUUUGCAAGUAAUUUGCAUAAUGAAUUAAAGAGGAAUAACAAGGUACCUGCUGCAUCUGAAUUCCCUCUUUACCAUAAUGCUUUCGACAGAGUUGAUCACCCUGUUCUUUGGGAAUUCGAUAAGACAUCACAUAAAAAGCCUCCGGCUGUAAGUGUAAAUGAUCUACUGAUUCCAAAUGCUCACGGGCACACUUUUGAUCACUAUGGAGAAAAUUAUUACGCACAUUACUCGUUACAAUUUGAACCUACAUUUCCACCCACACCAGACCUGUCCAAAGGUCAAUUGAUUUCAGGAGCAAAUUUCACUAGGACUAGUGGUUGGCACACAGAAGGUGAACCUGCUAUAGUUUCGGUUGGAAGAUUAUCUCCAGAUAAUCAGCGCCCAAUAGGUUACUCUGAAAAUGUACCUAUUCCAGAUUCUAAAAACUCGGAUAGUUUUCCUGAUUUUAGGGAUUAUAGAACUCCUAAUCAUGGACCUACCAAAAAGCAAGCUUUCCAUUUAGCUACCGCUGGUGCAAUGUUUAUUGGCAUGGCUAUGGUUCGCUCUUUUAUCUGUAAAACUAUACAUUAUUUUUAUAUUGCAAAGGAUGUUUCCGCUUUUGGUUCAUUGGAAGUAUCGGUUGGCCAAAUGGUCCCCGGUGAACAAAUUACUGUAAAAUGGAGAUCUAAACCAGUUUUUAUAAAAAGAAGAACGCUUGAGGAGAUUAAAACCGCCAGGCUUGAUGACAAAUUAAUUGAUACUAUGAGGGAUCCACAGCUAGAUUCUGAGCGGGCUCCAAAUCCGGAGUGGUUGGUAAAUAUUGGAAUUUGUACCCAUCUUGGAUGUAUUCCAGUUUCAGGUGGAAGUUAUGGGGGAUUUUUUUGUCCUUGCCACGGAUCACACUAUGAUUCGUCGGGCAGAAUUCGUGAAGGGCCAGCGCCAGCAAAUCUAGAAAUUCCUCCGUAUACUUUUAUUGAUGAUAGUACUAUAAAGCUUGGAUAA